AUGCUUCGGCUAGCGUACCUGGCGUGUCUGUAUCUGUGGUACGAGUUUUGCAGUUGGACCAACGUCAAGCAUCGGGCAUCCCAGGGGCAGACAUGGGUGGGCGAAUCGAGUGGCGAGCAUACCCGCGUGGACGAAGAAGACCAUGUCGCAUCAACACAAGCUUCGCUGGCGUCAGCUCUCCCGUUAGACCUUGUCAAGCGGAAGCGCCAGGGCCAGUACCGCACACACGGCACCACCGGUAGUAGCCGGCACGCCGGAAACAAGAGAAAUCACGCGUCGCCCUUCGAGGUCUGUCCCUCUCCGGCAGGGCAAGACAGCAUGGGCUCACCGUUCACGGAUGCCGGUGGCAAUUCGGAAGACCUCAGGAGGACCCUCAAGAGGAGCGCCAUUUGGGAGAAGGUGACGCCGUUGACGGUCCUGACGUCGGUGGUGUCAGACCUGGACCUCUUCGCGGACUGGUACUUCCUGCAGGAAGGGCUGGAAGACGCGCAGGAGCUCGUCGCUGACGUCGCGUUCGUGCUCACCGUCGUCGGCACCGUCAUGUACGUCCUGCUCACGCUGGAGUUUCACCCCGUCAGCCAAGCGUGGACGUGGUGCCGAAGGGGUAGGGCCCUCAGCCCUCUGCAGCACGUCCCCCUGGGCUGGCAGCUGCUGCUGAACGUGGUCGUCGAAGACAUCCCGCAGCUCGUGAUCACCUGGGUGACCUCUCCGACGUCGGUGGCCGGCGUGCUGAACAUCGCCACGGCUGGGUUCGCGCUGCUGGCCAAGAUGGCGGAGGGGUUCGCGACCCGGACGGAUCUGCCCAUGUCGUCGCAGCUGCGCAUGAUAGACACGGACCCCGGGGUUGUGCAGCACCUGCUGAACGCCCGACACAAGGCCGAGGAGCUGGCUGCCAACGCGGCCAGUCUCGCAGUCCUCGUGAACAGGUUUGGGGCGGAGAAUGCCGCAAUGCCUACCGAGAGAAAUUCCAAGCGUCUCGUGGCAACCGCCUUCCAAGUCAUGCAAGUGGACCCCGGCUUCUUGAACGGAGAGUUGGGCUACAUUCGAGAGAAACUGGAAGUUUCAAGGUUGAACCUCGGGCGCUCGCUCCCACCUUCGCUAGGGGACGUGCUGCAGCUAACAGAGUUAGACCUCAAUGGAAACGCAUUCGGGGGCACCAUCCCUGCCGCGCUUGGGAACCUGAGCAAACUUGAGCGGCUCUACUUGGAUCGCAACAAGCUGGGUGGCGCGCUCCCCCGGGAGCUGGGAACACUCCGCGCCCUUCGGGUGCUCUACCUCGGCGGCAACCUUAUCACAGGAGAGAUCCCCCGGGAGCUGGCGGCACUCGCCGAUUUGCAGCAACUAAAUAUUGCGAUCGGUCAGCUGCGAGGGUUGGAGGACGAAGAGAGACUUGGGCAGCUAUUCCCGACCUGCGAAAUAUCAGUUUCGAGCUGGACGAACGAGUGGGGAUAGAUAGAGAGGAUCGCAAAAGCGGCAGCUGGGAAAAUCUUGUGCAUGGACCAAUUUUUGUGCUUGGCUGGGAAACGGCUGCCAUGUAUUUCAGCGUAUGUUCUUUUGUUUUGUUUUUGUGAAUCUACAGAAAUCAAGGCCAGAAGCACGUAGGAUGCCAGAAGCUGUUUCCAGGAGGAACAAUCCCUCACUGAGCGUCGGGUGGUGGCGGCUGUGUCCUUUGUAUUGUAGGUAUGUUUAUUGCCGGCCCAACUUCCGGGCAUUUGCUGCCAACUACUGUAGCAUACACGUAGAACCUUGCGGUGACCUGAAGGAAAUCUUCGUAGAGGUGGGGGGGGUUCAGGGAGAUGAAAACUUCUGUGUGGCCUACGGUCUCCCAGAGAUAACUGGGACAAAAAGCAGGCGUUAAUUCAUUAGGAUGAGCAAAAAAUAGGUGGGCUGAACUGCAGCGGAUUUUUGGUUGCUGGCUGACAAGCAACCAAUUCUCGGCGGUAGAGGUUUACGAGUUUCCUUGUUUUUAUUCGCGGUUAGCUUCGGGGUGACGGAAGUGACGACUAUGUUGAUGUAGGCUGGCAUAUAGUUGCGGCGUUGAUGUCGUCGAAAUGUGUGCUGCUUGGCGCAUGUUGGACAUGCAAUGAUGAUAAGCGCAAGCUGACUCACGCAUCGAAUAGACAGAGAGACG